AAAAAAAAAUAAUAUUUUGAACUUAGUAAAUAAAUGUUAUAAAAUAUCCUAACUAAUAUUAACACAGUAACCCAGCUUUUAGUAUUACGUAAACCAGUCUAUUUUAUUGAAAAUAAUUUCUUCGUUAGAAACUAUGAGUGGACGAAAUAGAAUACCACAAUCUACUAGUCAACGUUUGAAUAAAAAUCGUUUCUCGAAGAACCGAAACGCAAGUAAAAAUCGAUUUAAAAAAAAUCGAUUCGAAGAACUAAAACAGGAUGUUUCUGAUUUAAUAAACCUCGCUCGAGAAAAUAAUUAUAUACUACUACAAUCCAAAGUUGAUAAACUCGAACGAGAAAAUAAGCGAUUACGAUACGAUAAUGAUGAACUCUCUAAAUUCUUGCAAGACGAUGACGAGUCAACAGAUGACGAUAGUAAUUCAGAAGAUGAAGAUGACGAUAGUGAUUCAGAAGAUGAAAAUGAAUCCGAUGACGAUAGUGAUUCAGAAGAUGAAGAUGAGUCCGAUGUUUCAUUUCGACCAGCUAAACGGCAAAUGAGAAAUAAAUUAUCUGAUGAAGAAAGGGCAAAGGACUUAAUGAAGACACUUCUUAAAACUUUUCCCGAACUUGAGCUUAAUGCAGAUGAAACUUUUAGAAGCGAAGUGAAUGUUGUAAUUUGUCAAAAAUUAAUACCUAAACUUCAAAAAGAAAUGAAGGCAUACAAUCUUUCUUACGAGCAAGUGGAAACCUGGUUACAAUCUAUUCACAGGUCCAAAAGAAAUGCCUAUUUGAGAUCAAAUCAAUCAAAUCAAUCAAAUCAUUAUGGAUUUGAACGCGAUUUCAUAGGUUCUUAUUCAGAGUCUGAUCGUUCCAAUCAAUCAACAAUUAUACGGAAAAAAAAACCGAAAGGAAGUAAGGCAAAUAAUAUUUUUGAAGAUGAGAUUGAAAAUAAAGCAAAGUCCAUAAUGAAGGCACUUCUUAAUACGUAUCCAUAUGAGCUUACCCUUAGGAUUGAAGAUACCUUUAGAAGCCAAAUUAAUAAGGAUAUUUGUGAAAGGUUAAUACCUAAACUUCAAGAAGAUGUUAGACCAGCGUACAAUCUUUCUUAUGAUCAAGUGGAAACCUGGUUACAAACUUUUCACAGGUAUAAAAGGAAUACCUAUUUGAGAUCACAUUUUAUGAUGAUUGAUGACGAUUAAAUUGCCUACUCUAUUUACUGGAUUCAACCCGAAAAUUUCUUUUAAUUAUUGACGAAUUUUUUAUGUAAUAAUAUUUUUUUUUUUUUUUAGAAAUGUAAUUUUGAUCUUAAAUGAAAUUUAUAAUAUAAGAAACAAAAAGAUGUGAUUACCGCACAAUUUUUCAAAAAUAGGAAAUUGGGAAUGUACUAUAUGAAUGGGCACUUCUAUAACGACCAACAUAAUGGUGGGUCCACUUGGAGGGCAAUAAAAAAAUUAUAGUUUAUAUUAUGUGAUGACGAAAUUGUUGUACUAUCAUGAAAGAAUCCUAAUAAGCAUUUAUAUUAUAUGUGUAUAUUCCAUUUCAAAAUGUAAAAUGUAAGAAGUGC